AUGACUUUUGAAGUGCACGAACAAAUGCAAGAAGAAGAAGAAGAAGAAGUAGCAGGUGGACAGAACAUUGAUUCACUUAAGAAUGAUGAUGAAGAUGAAGAAAGUGAUGUAUGGAACGACUUAGAAAGAGAAAUGUUUGGAGGAUCAACAGACAAAGACGUCGAGGAAAACAUUCCUCUUUAUCCUGGUGCUUCUGUCUUUCGUACAGCUUAUCAUGAACAAAUUAUUAAAUUUUGUGCACAAGCGAGACUUGAUCGUUCAAAUACUCAACGUCUCUUACAGUUAAUCGCAUUGGCUCUUCCAAAUGGUCAUAAUUUAGUGAAAAGUGAAUCAAAAUUGAUGGGAAUCAUUAAAAAACCUCCAUCAUUUACAGAACAAUUGUUAUGUGCCAAAUGUGACAGACCUCUCAGUGAUUCAAACAAAUGUGCACUUUUUUGUGAAUUGAACGGCAAAACACACGUCGUGCAAGAUACAAUUGAGAUCGUCAAAGCAACAGAAGAUCAAAUUCGACAAGUAAUACGUCGAAACAAACAUUUAAUUCAUUCCUAUCCAUAUGUACAUAAACAUUAUCUUCCGUGUGAUAUCCUUAACGGAAAAAUUUAUGAAGAAAAAUCGUUACAAAAACACGACAACGUCCAUCCAGUUAACUUAAUCUUACAUUUGGAUGGAGCACCGAUAGUUAAGUGGACGCAAAAACAAACAUGGAUUUUUUCAGCAUCCAUAUUAGAAAUCCCCCCUCCUCUCAGAGAAAAUGCAACAAAUUUGAUUUAA